GUUAGUGCGUUUUGAACCAAGGCAGACCUCUUCUUCCCUUUGUUUCACAAACCCUAGCCAGUGCACCACUCCAUUGGGCAUCGCAGUUCGUCGUCGCCGUCGUCUUCACCAUUCGUCGUCGCCGUCGUCUUCACCGUUUGUCGUCGCCGUCCAAGCGAAGACUGACACAUCUAUCUCCUAAGGAAGUAAAACUUUUAGAGGGCUGCUUUGAACUCUGAAGUUGAGAUCUGUGGAAGCGAAAUAUGGGCGACAACGAUGGACUAGAGGAUAGACCGGGUAUUUUCAUGGUCGGAUCCUCCAACGUUGGCAAACGGACCCUCCUCUCCCGAUUAAUGUCUGUGGAUUUCGAUGAUGCUUGUGAUUCAUCAUCUGAAGUAGUUGUCCAUGGCUGGAUCAUCCACACAAAGUACUACACGGCUGAGGUUUCUGUAUGCAUGGCUCAUCUUCAUGAUGGGUUCUCUAUUGGGACACUGCCAAUGUUCAACCGGUUGGCUGCCUUGGUGAUGGUUUUUGAUAUGAGUGAUCUGUCAUCAUUUGUUGCACUUCAGGAUUGGGUAGCUUGCACUGAUAUUCGGAAUUUUGAGAUAUUAUUAUGCAUUGGUAACAAGGUCGAUCUCCUUUCGGGCCAUCCAGCUCAUGCUGAAUACAGAAGACAUUUACAGAAUCUUGGGGACUUAGCCAAUUCUGAUGCAGAGUUUACCGAAUAUGGGAUUUCUGAAUCUGAAGGAAGUGGCUUGUUGGGGAAUGAAGAACUGUCAUGGGAGAUUAGACGGUCAUGUCUGGAAUGGUGCAGUGAACACAACAUUGAAUUCAUUGAAGCUUGUGCUUCCAAUGCUGAUUUUGACAAAUGUUUAUCAGUUGAUGGUGAUUCACAAGGGGUUGACCGGCUCUAUGGUGCCCUUUCUGCUUAUAUGUGGCCUGGGAUGAUCUUGAAAUCUGGCAAUCAGAUAUGUAAACCUUCAUUGCCUGGAAAAGAAGAGUUGUCAUCAGGAGAAUCUGAUUAUGAAUUUGAGUAUGAAAUCCUGUCUGCGGGUUCGGCUGAACCUUGGGAUGACAUGGAUAAAGGAUGGGUUUCUGCAAAUGGUAUUACCUCAUUUCCAGAUAGGGCAAGUCAUGAUCGGGAGAAUGUGUCUGGAUCUGAUGAAGAAAAGCUGCAGCCUUCAACAUCAAUGGCUCCGUUGCAGGAUGAGAAUGACCUGGGUGUGAUAGCCAAUGCAUGUGAGAAAGCCACAGAGGCAGAUGAGGGCACGCAUUUUGACUUCGAGGAUUUGGAACAGUUGAUGUCUGAGAUUGGGAACAUGCGUGACAGUUUGAGAUUGAUGCCUGAUUUUCAGAGAAGGGAAAUGGCAGCAAAACUAGCUAUGAAAAUGGCUUCCAUGUUUGGGGAUGGCAGUGAUGAUGACGAUGACCACGCCUGAAAAUGGUUCUUGGCGUCAUCCAUAAGCUGAUAUUGGGAAGGCCACUAGCCAGUCUGUUUUAUGAACAAAACUUCUUAUCUUUUGUGUUGCGUUUCGUUAAUCUUUCGUGUUGCGUUUCGUUCUCUGCUGCCCAUGUCACAGCUAAGCAUGGUUAGUCUGGAAUUAAUUUGCCUGUGAUGUACUUAUAAAAAAAAUAAAAAAAACUGCCUUUGAUGUGCUCCAAAUAUUGAAGAUGUUAAACUUACAGUUAUUUAUUACUUAAAACUGGGGGGGUGGGUUUGGUAGAUUUGCCAGGCGUCUUUUGGAGCCAUUUAGCUAUAAAUACUGAUGGAGGUUGUGUAAAGAUGUUUGAAUGCUCGCAUAUGUAGACUGGGAUAGGCAUUUUUAAUCCCAUUGUAGAGAUGAAGAGUGUUUUUUAAAUGGACCACACGAGCAACUUGAGAAAUUGCCAAAGGAAGAA